CAUGACACAUCACUGCAUUGAGCCCACGGGCGCAGUGAAGGCUUCGACUAGAUGAUGUUCAGAGCGUGGAGGAUAGAGGGAAGAAAUCUGUUGAGAUAAAUAGUAUGUUCAAAUGGAGAGACAUGGUGGUGGUGAUGAUGAUCCGAUGCAACCCAUAAACAAUCAUGAUAAAGUCUCUGGUAAAACCUUUAUAGUACACAACCUCUCUGGUAGUCUUCUCCCUGAGUUGGAAGAGCAAGGCGCCAUGAGGAGGAAUGACUAUUAUAUCCCUGUAUCCGUUGAGGAGAAGGCAGCUGACUUUGGGAACACUAAGGAUGGUGGUGAUGGCAAAUACAACCAGUAUGACUCCAUCCACUUGAACUCCCUCAAGUCAGAUGAGGCAGCCUCAGGCCCAAGGCAGGGGCCUACAUUCCAGGAUGGCCAGCGGCGGGUGGACUAUGUUCUCACAUAUCAUGUCCAGAAACCCCAGAGUGUUCGCCGCAAGACAUCCCGCUUUGCAGAUUACCGCAUCCUCAGGAGCCUGCGCCGCAGUCUGAGCAUGAUGAGAAGUCGGGACACACCACCACCCAAAGAAGACCCUGAGAUUGCUGCCUACAAGCAUCGCCUUGACUACCAUGAGGAUGACAAGCGCUUCUGCCAGAAUGAGUUUGAGGAUAACCUUCGGGAGAUGGGUCUGGAGCUAGAAAAGGAUGAGGGGAACAAAAUCCCGGGAAUUGGCUUCCUGAAGAUCCAUGCUCCCUGGAAUGUGCUCUGUCGGGAGGCAGAAUUCAUGAAGCUCAAGAUGCCCACCAAAAAGGUGUACGAGGUCAAACAGGGAAGUGAUGUGGUGGAGAGGAUCAAUCUGUUCAUCCACAAAGUGACUGCACCACUUCAUCCUAAAGUGGAGCCGAAUAGACCCCAAAAUGUGAAGCAUCUCUCCCACCCUUUCUCCAGGGAAAAGCAGCACCUGUUUGAUCUCUCAGACAGAGAGUCUUUCUUCGACAGCAAAACCAGGGCCUCAAUAGUAUAUGAAGUGUUGAAACGUACAAGAUGCACUAAAGCCAAAUACACCAUGGGAAUCACCAGUCUCCUUGGCAAUGGUGUUUACACUGCUGCGUACCCUCUUCACGAUGGGGAUGUUGACGGCGUGGGGGCGGAGGCCAAUGACAGAAAGAUCUUGUAUGAAGAAUGGGCAAGCUACAGUGUCUUCUACAAGUACCAACCAAUUGGACUAAUCAGGAAGUACUUUGGGGAGAAGAUUGGCCUGUACUUUGCCUGGCUGGGGGUUUACACCCAGAUGCUGAUCCCUGCUGCCAUAGUGGGGGUCAUAGUGUUCCUGUAUGGCUGUGCCACUGUGGACAAUGACAUUCCCAGCAUGGAGAUUUGUGAUCCGAGAAACAACAUCACCAUGUGCCCACUGUGCGACCGCGCUUGCAGCUACUGGAAGCUGAACACCGCAUGCGGCACGGCCAGGGCCAGCCAUCUUUUUGACAACCCGGCCACCGUCUUCUUCUCCAUCUUCAUGGCCCUCUGGGCUGCCAUGUUCAUGGAGCACUGGAAGAGAAGGCAAAUGAGACUCAAUUACAUCUGGGAUUUGACUGGCUUUGAAGAGGAAGAGGCGCACAAGGGCCACCAUAGGGCUGAGUAUGAGAUCAAAGUCAUGCAGAAGACCCUGAAGAAACAGGAUAUGUCUCCCGAGGAUGAAAAAGUGAAACUGACAUGUACAGACCGUGCACCAGCAUAUUUGACUGGCCUUUUCAUUAUGCUUUUUAUGGUUGGUGUGACCUUUGCCAUAGUGUUCGGGGUCAUCCUGUACAGAAUCUCCAUCAGGGCUGCCUUACACAUGAGCUCCAAUCUCACGGCUCGCUCCAACGUCCGGGCAACUGUCAAGGGCACCGCUGCUGUCAUCAACCUGGUGAUGAUCAUCAUCAUGGAUGAGGUCUACGGUGCCUUAGCUCGCAGGCUCACUCUUCUUGAGGUGCCAAAGACUGACAAGAGUUUUGAGGAGAGGCUGAUUUUCAAGACCUUUGUUCUGAAGUUUGCCAACGCCUUCACCCCCAUCGUCUACCUGGCCUUCUUCAGGGGCAGAAUGGUUGGGCGUCCUGGGGACUAUGUGUAUGUUAUCGGGUCAUACAGGAUGGAGGAGUGUGCCCACGCAGGUUGCCUGAUGGAGCUGUGUAUUCAGCUCUGCAUCACCAUGCUGGGCAAACAGCUCAUCCAGAACAACCUGUUUGAAAUCGCCAUCCCUAAAAUAAAGAAGCUGAUCAGGCGUCAGAGGUCUGAAAUGGACUCUCAGCAGCAGGAGGACUAUAACAUGACCCUACAGCGCCAUGAGAAGGACCACUUCCUGGGUCCCUUUGUGGGCCUCAGCCCAGAGUACAUGGAGAUGAUCAUCCAGUUUGGGAUGGUGACCCUGUUUGUGGCCUCCUUUCCCUUGGCGCCACUCUUUGCUCUGCUCAAUAACAUCAUCGAGAUCCGUCUGGAUGCUAAGAAGUUUGUCACAGAGGUCAGGAGGCCCAUCGCAGCCAGAGCAAAAGACAUUGGCAUCUGGUAUAAUCUUCUGAGAGGGCUCAGCAAAGUAGCAGUCAUUGUAAAUGCGUUUGUGAUUUCCUUUACGUCAGACUUCAUCCCUCGACUAGUCUACCAGUACAUGUACAGCCCUGAUGGCUCCAUGCAUGGCUUUGUCAACCACACCCUGUCCUACUUCAACGUCAGUGACUUCCAGCCUGGCACUGCUCCUCUGCAGCCAAUGCACCUCGGGUAUGAAGUGCAGAUAUGCAGAUACAAGAACUACAGAGAGACACCAUGGUCCAACACCCCCUAUGACCUCUCCAAGGAGUUCUGGGCUGUACUGGCUUGCCGGCUGGCCUUUGUCAUUGGAUUUCAGAAUGUGGUGAUGCUGAUGAGUGACUUUGUUGACUGGCUGAUCCCAGACAUCCCCAAGGACAUCAGUCUGCAGAUCCACAAGGAGAAGCUCCUCAUGGUGGAGCUCUUCAUGAAGGAGGAAGAGGACAAGAAGCUCCUCCGAGACAACCACACCAACCAAAGUCCUCUUCAGCCCCGCUCUCGCCCUGCUUCGCAUACACCUUCUAACUGCUAGUGCCCUGGUGGGUGGCUCCAUCUGCCCAUUCAUCUGGUCUGGUCAAAAACCUUGGACUUGGACACUCCACACACACAGCGGCCUACUCAAGAAAAGAGGGAGGCAGUUAUUGGCAGGCUUCUGCACUUGCACCCCUUCUGACUUGUAGCAAGUCAUUGCCCAUCUUUUUGGUGAACCAGGUAUCAGGUAGAAGGCUCAGAGGGCUUUUUUUUGCACAAGAAUAAUACAAUGCAGGAAAUAUUUUUUGAAUAUGCAAUUUUGCUAGCUAAUGUUUUUAUUUUGUAACUUUUGCCUUUUUAAGACACUGAGAUCAGGUAAAGGAGCUUGCCAUUCUGUCUGUUUACCAUGCCAAUUUUCCCUUAUGUCAUGUUUUUUAUGUCCUGUUUGUUAUUAUACUAAUUAAUAUCUAUCAUGAGCUAGGUUUCCAUCCAAUUGGCUUAGAUUUUCAUGCGAAUAUUCUAAAAUCUGCAUAAAAACAAUAUGCACAUUUUCCCACCAGAGAUAUUUCCAUCUUUGCGGUUAAAUUCCCACCUACCGAAAAAAUUUUUUGCCUACAAGUUAAAGGUUUCCAUCACAUUUUCAACUCUACUGAUGGUUUUCUCACAAAAAAAAGUUGUGUUAUAUCAGAGGCGCAACUUUGGUUUUAGAAGUGGGGGGACAUGAUUUGAAAAACUUCCAGUCUAAUAAACACUCCAAACAGCCUACCCGACCGCUCGGAGGCGUCCGCAUGGUCAUAAAGCACACCGUUGUCUAGUUUGGGAUCACAUUACAAUGUUAAAAUUGGGGGGGACAAAAAUGCAAUUUCAGAAUGUGGGGGGGGACAUCACCUUGCACUUUCACCACCAUAUAAAGUUCAUCAUAAUUGAUUUAAUCUGUAGCCUAAUAAACUGCAUGCUUUCCCGACGAGUCGUAGUGGCAGGAUCACACAAGAUUUCAUCGCGUGACUCCAAGUUUACUUCGAUAUGAUGGUUAUUCCACCAAUAUUUCUCACAUAAUUAAUUUUACUUACACAAAAAGAACCCACCUUGUCUAUCGUAUUUUGUUUUGUCGACAUUUGGAAAGUUUACUGAACAUUUUUCUGGUUCCAUCAGGCCUGUCAUGACAUUUUUGGACAUGUACUUUACUGGCAUAAAAAGGUUGGAUGGAAGCCUGGUUACAGAGACUUUAUAAUAGUAAUGUUGUGAAUAAAAUUCUAACAAUGCUCUGUCAAACAUUUAGACAGGGGGACAGUGGCCUACAUUUUUGUUUCAUAAGAACAAAGCACAAAUUCUUUUUAAGGAGUUUAUUUUCUGAUUAACUGAAAUUUGAAUGGAUCCCAAGCACAGACAACUAUUUCAAGGAGAGGAAGAAGGUAUUUUGUCAGCUCAUUUUGUACAUCAUUUGUAAGUAAACGAUAUACUUUGUAAUGCAUAUCCAGUCAACAGUGAAUCCUAUCAAUAUACACAGUUUACAAAACAUUAGGAACACCGUCCUAAUAUUGAGUUCCACCCCCUUUUGCCCUCAGAAUAGCCUC